GAAAAAAGUGAUAGGCCGACGUAGUAGUGGUAGACUGGGAAGUACUCAGUAGUGUGUAAGUCAGUAAGUGUGUUUGUGUGUGACAGCAGUUACUAGUUAGUGUUAACUGUUAAGUACUCGUAGUUGGGAAGAUGGAUCUACAAUCUAGUCCGUAAUCUGUGUUCUUGUUCCCCUCGAAAUCGUCUUCUCUGACUCUGGUAAGUAGUUGCAGUUGAAGCAAUACUACAUUCAAUUCAAUGAGCGGUUCAAGUUCGAGUUCUCGGGGAGCAGGCGGUGGCUGGUUGAGAUGGUGUUUGGUGAUGUUUGCAGUGACCUCCGCACUGUGCGUGUCUGCUCCUGCUCUUUAUUGGAAGUUGAAUCAUCAUCAUCAUCAUCAACAACACUUGUCUUCUUCAUCUUCUUGUCCUCCUUGCUCCUGCGAUUGCCCUCCUCCUCCUUCUCUCCUUCAGAUUGCUCCUGGAUUGGCCAAUCUUUCCGUCCCAGAUUGUGGGCAGAAUGACCCGGAUCUGAAGAAAGAAAUGGGAAAGCAAUUUGUGGAUCUGCUCACAGAAGAGCUGAAGCUGCAGGAGAGUGUUGCUGCAGAGCACGCGCAUCAUAUGAACGCCACAUUGACGGAAGCAAGAAGAGUUGCUUCUCAGUACCAAAGAGAAGGUGACAAAUGCAUUGCUGCUACUGAAACCUGCGAGGCUGCCAGGGAACGCUCUCAGGAUUCCAUCAGGAAGGAGAUCAAGCUUACUUCUUUGUGGGAGCGUCGCGCUCGCAACUUAGGCUGGGAGGACCAUUAAUUCUAACUUACCAAAUGUAUCACCUUCAUACCUCACUUUCUUUUUGCUGCUUAUUCAUACCGCCUUCCUAUCUAUCAACUUGCUUUGCAUUUGUCUAUAUUAAAAUCAAUUCAAUGUGUUAUUACAAUAUACUACACUUGUCUUAUGGCUCAAUAGUCUGAAUCUUGCCCAAACUAUGUGUUGCUUGGUAGACUGAUGAGAGAAGUAAAAUAGUGUUCAUCUGCGAACCUGUUUUACAAUCACACAACAUGUAUUCAGCUUAACUUUUACUCAAUGACCAAGGAGUCAAAAUAUUUCAUCAUGUACUACUGUACUUUCCCUUC